AUGGCUGUCGAAGGGGUUAUGGUAUCCUACAAUUACUCUGAAGACGAGGAGCAUGCUAACAUUUUGACUGUAGCAGCAUCCGGCAUCAAGUUCUCCGACAGAUGGGUGCUGACCCAUGGUUCUAUACUCUCACCAUUGAAGGAAGCCCAAAUUAUAAUGAACGCCAAAGGGAAACCGAUGUUAAACGAAGAGUUCUACGAUAAAUUACCAGAGAUAUAUGUCACGUGCGAGAAAAAGCCAUCGAACACACCUAAUAUUUACGAGAGCGUUGAGGUGUUGAGUCGAGAGAGGAAUUUGGACAACGAUGUGGAUUUUGAACAUAGCUGCUAUCAAAUUAGAGUUCUGACUGGCAGGAUCUGCCACGUGUGGCAGUGCCCGAUCCUGGACCGGUGCGUGGACGACAUCCUGUACAGCUGGACUAUUGGCCACCGGGACGGUGACGUCGAGAAGCAAACUCAGCUGGGGAAAGCGCUGCUCUCCGUCUUCGUGCUGGUGGACUUAGAAAGCGAUAAUAGAGGUUGGGUUAGAUGUUUUCUAUAA